AUGGCUAUCAUUGGAUCUUGUGUUCUACCAAACAAACAAGAUAAUCAAAAUGCAGAAAUAUGGUUUGAUGCUGUGGAGGAGAUGGUCUUCGACGACGAAUCCCUCCAAGAAGAAUAUCCGGAGGCCCGUGUGAAGGAAAAUGCAAAAGGCAAGUCACAAAAGCUGGAGGCUUUACAGGCGGCGUAUCUGGUUUGUCUUUUCCAGAACUGGGAAGGAUCGGAGAUCACACAACGGAGGAUUCGACGUCGACGAUAUAGUACAGUCGUGGCAGUUGCAAGGGAUCUUGUUCUCGGAUCCGCCAUCCACCAAACCUUUUGGCUCAUAAAUGAUGCGUCAAACUUUGACUGGCAAGCCUACAUCCUGAAGGAGGAAACAAUUCGAACACUCAGUUAUGUCUUUCUACUUGACUCUGCCUUUGUAAUAUUCCAUAACACACCGCCACGGAUCUUUGGAUUGGAAUUGGAGAUGCAUAUCAAUUGCCCCGAGGUAGCUUUUCAAGCUGGAUCGGCCAACGAAUGUUUUCAGCAUUUGAAGAAAUGGGCAGGUGAAGUGGUGGAUCACCCUUCCGUAUCCUCUGCUAUUGAAGGAAUCUGCAAGCGUGACACUGAGAUUUGCCUCGAAAGGACAUACUCCCAGUUUGGACUACUGAACAUGUUUGUGGUAAUUUCUGCUUUAUGUGUGUCUAUACAUCAGCUCCAGAAUGUUCUUGUACCUCCGACGGCGUUUGAAAAUGUUGAGCGGGGGAUGAAGAACUGGAAAACUGCAUGGGAUAAAAUGCAUGCAUCCAGCCUGGAUGGCAAUACCGGCGACCCUUUGGAGGAAGCAUGGAGACGUGAUGGGUUUAUGAAAAGUGCUUCAGAAUAUUGGCUGCUUUGCAAUGUGUUGUUGGAAGUCAUACGGUCAGAUGCUGGCGAGUAUAGUGUCGAUAAACGCACGCUUGUGAAGGCCGGUUCGGUGAGAGAGAAUAGUUCCAACCCCACUGUGGUGAAUAUUCCGCUACGGGAGGAGAGCAUCCAGUCGCGACGAUCACCAGAUCCCCGUCGAUCUGACCAAGUUCAGAAGAUUUCAUAA